AGAAACAAAUCGAAGUCUGUGAAUGUCGAAUGAUGUGCGAUGACGUAUCUCCUCAUUACUCUCACAUGCAUUCUACAUUACUGUAAUGCAGGUUGCAGUCUAGAAGAUUGUUCGCAGUGGUUCCUAAGAGUGAAGCACUACCAUACGCUUUCGCCCGGCAGCAACGAGCCGUAUUGUCAAGCGUUAUCCACGUAUCUGAAGUGUUUAAACGACACAACGCUCGAAUGUCGUGGUAAUCUUCAGUUUUACACGAACCUUUUUGCUAUGAAAAAGCAGUUCCGCGAAUUCGGCUGCGUUUCGUAUAAAUCGCCUUCUGACCUACAUCGGUGUAACUACCUGCCAAAACCGCCACGAUCGAAAAUGCGAAUGUGUUCUUUAUUUGGCGAUCCACAUUUACAAAGGUUUGAUGGGAUAAUGCAGUCCUGCAUUGAGGAAGGAGCUCGACCACUCGUCGAAAACCGGCAUUUCCUAGUGCAAGUGACAAAUGCUAACAUUCAUAAUGAGCCAUACACCACAGCUGUAAAUAAGAUUACUGUGCUAAUUCGCAAGCACAAUUGCACUCGUUCCCUCCAUUACGAAGCUGCUUCGGAAGAGGAGACUCUUCCAGUAUCAUUUGUUGACGGAGUGAAAAAUCAUAAGACCGACGACGGUCGAGUUAGCGUUGAGAUUAUAAGUCGAGGGGAUUAUGUGGAGAUUGCCAUGCAUCACAUCCACUCUAGUGUACAUAUACGUAGGAGAGGUCCUUACCUGAGUGUUUCUGUGAUGGUCCCCGAAAAUCUUCAGCGUGGACCCGCAUUAUUCGACACAUUGUGCACCUCCGGAUGCCGAAAUCAGUCAAUAAUCUCUAUCGAUAAAGCUCUAGCAUCUCCUAAUCAGUAUGCGAAGUGUUACGCACGAAGACUGCACGUGCCAAUAAAGCUCGCUACUGAUCGAUGUCGAACUGUGAAUGUAACAGAUCAGUACAUUGACGCUUGCAUAUUCGAUCUCAUGCUCACAGGUGAUGAAUACCUAGUUGCAAUGGCACGCGACGCACAACUAGACGUCCGCAAUCUAAUGCCUCAUCUCCGAUGGAUGUUUUCUGCAACUGCGUGA